AUGCUGCAGCCACCCUGCACGCUCACCGUCCCGGCGUCCCGCGGCGCGCUCCACGCCGCCGCGGAGCGCGUGGCGUCGCAGCUCUCCUCCGCUGCCUCUGCGGCGGACGUGGUCGUCUGCCUCAAGGGCGGCGGCCUGCGCGCACCCCGCGCCACCGCCCGCACCGAAGCGUGGAACCUCUCGACCACCGCCGAGGGAUACUCUGCGCGCGGGGUGGUGCCGGGCCUCGAGUGGGCCGCGGCGGAGCUGCGUUGGCCGUCGCAGGUGCAGAACUGGAUCGAGCCGCGCUGCGCGGUCGAUCGCGUCGCUGGGAGGCGCGUCAUCGUCUCGCGGCCUUGCUGGGCUGCGCUCACUGCGCGCAAGGGCGGGCCGCCGCCCGCGCCUCUCCUCGUCGAGAACCUGCUCCGCCCGCCGCCCGCCGGCAAGCUGCAGCGAGGCCAGUUCGCGUGCAGCGACCGCCACGUCUUUUACCGCCCGCGCGAGCCGUACGGAGGGCCUCCCCGCGACGCGUGGGCGCCGCUGCACGAGGCGAUCCUCCAGGCCGAGGGGCUUGCGAACCACUCCUUCCAGCGGCUGGCCUUCUCGCACGCGACGUGGCGGCAGCCCUCGACACCAGAGGGGUACGUCCCGACGCAGAGCCUCGUCACGCCGCUCGGAGAGCCUCCCGGCGCCGUCUCACUCGGACGCGCGCGCGGCGUGGCGGUCGACGGCUGCUCCUUCGCCAACUUGGGCAGCGCGUACGCCCUGUCGGUCGGAGGCGCGAGCCAGCAGGUGUCCGUGGUGGGGAGCAGCUUCACGUCGCUCGCGGGAGGGGCGGUCAAGCUGGGGAACGUCGACGACGAGCGGGCCCUCGCGACCAGCCCGGAGCGGAUGGACUCUGCGUUUCGGGUCGUGGACAACACCAUCAGGUUAGCCGCGCUCGAGCUGCGCGGUGCCGCCGCCAUCUUCGCGGGGUACGUCCGCGACACGACCAUCUCGCACAACAGCGUCGCCGAGACGGGGUACACCGCCAUCUCGCUCGGCUGGGGGUGGGGCACGCACGUGCUUGGCCGCCAGACCUUCAUGCGGAACAACCACGUGGUCUCCAACCGGAUGGAGCGUGUGGUGUCGGCUCUGAACGACGGCGGGUGCAUCUACACGCUCGGCCCUCAGCCAAACUCGACCGUGUCGCUCAACUACUGCGAGGCCGACCGCGCACCCGUGGUCGGGUCCUUCUACCACGACAAUGGCCCGUGCCCCCGCCUCCGCCACGUGGCCGUGUCGCUCGUCUGGUGCCGCGGCGAGGCGCCGCUGCGCAACAACUGCGCACCGGCCGAGGCCAACUGCUCGCUGGCCUACCCCGGCCUCGCCGCGGACUGCCAUUGCGCCGUCGACAAGGCGACAGUGCGUCCCUGGGAAGAAAGCGAUAGCGAGGACGAGUCCGAUGACGGCGAGGCCGAGGAUCUCGCUCUCGCUCUCUUCGUCGCCUCAGCCAAGCGCGCAGACUUCUGGUCGCACGCCUGCCGCCCGCCAACACCGGCCGAAGCUGUCGACGCGGACGACGCUGUGUGGUCCGCAAAAGCCCGCGGAUACGUCAUCGCGCCUGCAGGCGGAAAGGGACUCGGCGCCUUCGCCGGAGCCAACGCAGUUGCUGAGGGCGCUCUAGUUGGUGUUUAUGCCGGAGAGCUACUGACCGAGGCCGAACACGCCCGCCGGGAGAGCUCGUACUGCUUCUCUCUUCUCCCGCCUGCCGACGAGUUGACCUCGAAGGCGCUGGCCGGUCUCGGGCUCGACGGCGAGGGUAAAGACGACGAGUAUAUCGCGUACAUCGAUGGCGAGAACGCCGCGCGGUCGUCGUGGUGCCGCUACAUCAACCACGCGCCGCACGGCGCCCGUGCGUGCAACCUGGAGGCGAAAGUGGACGCGAUGAAGGCCCUCGUGUGGUUCGAGGCGAGCCGCGACAUCGCGCCCGGCGAGGAGCUCUGCUUCGACUAUGGGGAGAGCUACGCGACGUCGACCUUCGAGUAGCCGCCGCUGACGUUGAGCCUCCAUUGGGAUCGGGGAGGCCCGCCGCCGUCUGUGCACGCGCGCCGCGAGCGAGCGAGCGAGCAAACGAGAACACGCGACGUCAACCUCAUCUGCACUCUGCACUAGAGGUUUUGAAGAAGUGAAUGAGAACAAU